AAUUAAUUUGGAAACAAUCAGACCCUAUCGCUUCCAACCAUAUUGCUUUGCCUCCAAUCAGCCAAUCGCUCUCAACGGACACUGCCGGUAAAUCAAGCAGAUCUCUCUCUCUAAACUGAUAGCUUUUGGGGAUUGAUAGAGAUUCAGAAAAGAAAAUGUCUUGCUGUAUAAUCUUCUGCGAGAUCUUACUUGCAAUCUUGCUUCCCCCUCUCGGUGUUUGCCUCCGCCAUGGCUGCUGCACGGUGGAGUUCUUCAUUUGCUUGGUGUUGACUAUUUUGGGGUACAUACCUGGGAUUAUCUACGCUCUCUACGCGAUUGCUUGCCUUGAUCCUGAUAGGUUCCGUGAAGAGUACUAUGUGCUAGCAUAAUUUACCUUGGUGUUAAUUUCCUCGAUAAUUCUGUAUGUUACGUGAUAAAUUGUUUAACUUCAAUGUUAAUUAUGUGAAAUUUUUUUAUGUGAAUUGAUUAAUGAAGAUCGAAUUUUUGUUGGUU